GCUGGUUUGUUGCAAGCAGCGAACGUCAACGGUGACAUUCUAGGUUAGGUCGUUUGCUAUGUAGUUUGUGUUUUGGUUUAGUGCAGAUCCUUGCAAACUAAACGAAAAUAAUGAGUGCCUAGAUGAAAACAUGCUGCCAACCAAGGGCUAUUUCCAGGAUAUCGAAUGCCCGUUCUUUAACACGACCUGCGGCAGGCCGUACUGCCAUUUCAGACACAAGCGGAGGCCCAACGAAGAUGUCGAGCAGGAAACGCAGAAAACGGCGGUUCCCACGUACAAGCCGACCCCGAAGAGCGAGCUGGCCAACAUCCACAACAGCAAAAGCCACAUACCGAUCAGCUACGUGCCGGAUUUGGCGUUUAAACGCGAACGAACUGCCAGGCCUGUUCGCAUCGAUAAACCGACCUACAAGCCAACCCCGCUCAGUAUUCUCAGUUCAGCCAGCAAGCCGGACAAUGCCCUGCCAGAAAACCAUGAACACACCGAAACCAUCAAGGAUCUUCAAGAAACCAUGGCCAGUAACAUAUACGACCCAUUGCAGUCCGAAAUCAACUUUGAAGACUUAUCGGUCGAUUUUGACCUGAUUGAUAGUGUGAUCAAGGAGAGCGACGACGAGGGGCCCCAAGCUGUCAUCAACGAUAACCUAAUAAAGCUCGAAAAUGACAUUGAAAAGGAGCAGAACAGAUUGAACUUGUUGCAGUCGCGAAUUGACAAUGGAGACCAGCACAGUUCGAACGGCUCUAUUCAGGCGAAAUUUAGCUCCGAUGAGGAGAGCGUUAAGCCCACAAAAGCCCUCAUCCCGCAGCCACCCGAAGACCCGAAGCCUCCGCAAAAGGACAAAGCCACCACCAUCGAGAAGGAAGUCGAAGAUGGCAAAGGCGGCAAGAAAACCUCAAGCCGACACAGUUCAAAGGAGAAGGAGAAGGCCUCAAAACGGAGAGAGGAGAAGAGCCAUGAUAAGCACGGGAAAGACCAGAAGAAAGCGAAACACAAAAGCAAAAGGCAUGAGAGCAGAAAGUCGCGCAGCAAAAGCAGGGAUAGAUCGGGAAAAAAAGAGAAGAAGCAUAGCAGAAACAGGUCGCGGCAUAGGAGCAGCAAACCCCACACAAAAGGAACAAAGACAAAGCAGGCUGAAAAAGACAGACCCAGUCAGGCUGAGCCUGAGAAAGAUCCGGAACUUUCGGACGUCGAUCUGAACUUGGACGAGGACGACGACGAGACUAUGCGCGAAUGCUACAAGAUAUUCAAUGAGUACAAACAUGAACCCUCCCAGCCUGCUGAAGAAGUGAAAAAAGUGGAUGAAGAACCCUCAGUUGACAGUAUAUACCAGGGCAAGAAACGUACGGCACACGCAGGAGCCGAAGGCGCCACUUGCUCCAAAUUGCCGGGCAUUGCGCCCCCCAAGCCGCAUCUGCUCCCCGGGCAAAUGCUAGCGAAUCGCUAUAAAAUUGCGAAGCUAGCGCAAGCCAGUAACGAGCAGGACAAUAUAAUGAACGAAAUCAAGUCCAUUGCCCAGCAGAACGCGGUCAAGCGUCCAGCCAGCACUUUAUUAGAGGCGGCGCGCCAGCACAAACUCAAACGACUGGAACGGCAAAAAGCGGCCGAAACCAAACAGUCCAGCCUAGUGGACAACAUCCUGAAUGGAGUGCAUAAGCCGACAAACCAGAGGGUGAUUGUGAAAAAAAUCGCCGCCGUCCCCAAUGUGGCUCUCAUCGAGAAGGCCAAGCAACGGAUCUCGCUGGUCAAGCAACAAGCCGUCCACAACGUCAAAACCAUUGCCCAGACGCAAAAGAGCGGGCGGGUCGCCCACGUGCCCGAGUACUCCUUGGCUGACAUUCCGGAUGUUCUACAGGCGGCCAAGUCCAAACUUCCCGUGAAUGUGAGGACACGCUUCCUCACCCUCAUUGCUGACGAGUGCGCCAAACUGUACGCCUCCAAAGAGGACGCCUUCAACAGGGCUUUGAGCGAGGAGUUUGCCUGCUAUGAAAAGUGCAAAGUUUUAGCCACCUAUAGGAACUCAGCAAUGCUGGCAGUUAAUAGGCUGCGAAAGGAACUUCAAGACCGCGAGAGUAAAGGGCUGGGAAUGCUGCUAACGGGGGAAACUGUGGCCACUAAGCAAGCGACUGACUUUGAGGGCGAACGCUUCUACAACCACAUGAAGAAGUGGCUGCUGACGGAAGAAGAGCUCGAUGUUCACGGGUAUCCGCGUGAAAGCAGCGAAAGAGGCAGAGCCCUCAUACGCAACCAGGCGCAAACCGACUAUUCGAGCGUGGAUGAGAAUCAGCGAAGAUGCAGCAGAUGCGGCAAAAACUACAUGGUGGACGACGACGGUUGGCCGCUGUUUGAGGAGGAAUGCCUGUAUCAUCCGCUGAAAAAGCGCACCAUCCGCAGAGAGCAGAUCUACCUGUGUUGCAAGAGCGGCGAUGAGAGCGGUUGCGCCAUGUGCCACACGCACGUGUUUGGUGGACUGGCGCUGCAUCAACUGGAUGGCUACCAAACAACUUUGUCGCCAGAAUCGGCAAACGAUGCCCGCAGUCUCCAGGUCUACGCCCUCGACUGCGAAAUGUGCUACACGACCAAAGGCCUGGAACUGACCAGAGUGACCAUCGUGGACACGAACUGCAAAACCGUCUACGAAAGCUUUGUGAAGCCACUCAACCCGAUCAUCGACUACAACACGCGCUUCUCGGGCAUCACCAAGGAGCAGAUGGACCGAACUAGCACCAGCAUUCUGCAGGUUCAGGCCAAUAUUCUGCACCUGUGCAACUCGGAGACCAUUCUAGUGGGCCACAGUUUGGAGAGCGACAUGAAGGCGCUGAAGAUCGUCCACGAGAACAUUAUCGACACGUCGGUGAUGUUUCCCCAUAAAAUGGGGUUGCCCCACAAAAGGGCGCUACGGGGCUUGGCGAGCGAAUACUUGCAAAAGAUCAUUCAGAACGACGUGUCCGGACAUGACAGUGCCGAGGACGCGGUCACUUGCAUGGAACUGAUCAAGUGGAAACUGAAGGAGGACCUCAAAGUGAAAACCAAGUGAAAUCUGAUUGUGAUGUGUUGGAUCUGUACUGGACAGUUCAAGUGCAGAGUGCCAAUGAAAGGAUUAAGUUUGAUUAACUCAACCCAUUGUAUAAAGUUGGACGUUUCUUUUAUACACAGAUUCAUCUACGCUGUAAAUCAACAUUAAAUGUAGGCUGGUAUUUAUCGUUAAUGCUGAGAGUAAAGACAGUUGGCUAUUUCUACAA